AUGGCUGCCCACCAAGUCCUGGGGUUCGUCAGGCAGGCGGGGGGCAGAGUUGAGGGGGUGUCAAACGUCAGGCAUCAGGUCCUGGGCCACCACGAGACCACACAGACCCAUCAGGUCCCGAACCACCACGAGACCACACAGACCCACCAGGUCCCGGACCGCCACGAGACCACACAGACCCAUCAGGUCCUGGACUACCACGAGGCCACACAGACCCAUCAGGUCCUGGACUACCACGAGACCACACAGACCCACCAGGUCCCGGACCGCCACGAGACCACACAGACCCAUCAGGUCCUGGACUACCACGAGGCCACACAGACCCAUCAGGUCCUGGACCACCACGAGACCACACAGACCCAUCAGGUCCCGGACCACGACGAGACCACACAGACCCAUCAGGUCCUGCACCACCACGAGACCACACAGACCCAUCAGGUCCUGGACCACCACGAGACCACACAGACCCAUCAGGUCCCGGACCACAACGAGACCACACAGACCCAUCAGGUCCUGGACCACCACGAGACCACACAGACCCAUCAGGUCCCGGACCACAACGAGACCACACAGACCCAACAGAUCCCGGACCACAACGAGACCACACAGACCCAUCAGGUCCCGGACCACCACGAGACCACACAGACCCAUCAGGUCCUGGACCACCACGAGACCACACAGACCCAACAGAUCCCGGACCACCACGAGACCACACAGACCCAUCAGGUCCUGGACCACCACGAGACCACACAGACCCAUCAGGUCCUGGACCACCACGAGACCACACAGACCCAACAGAUCCUGGACCACCACGAGACCACACAGACCCAUCAGGUCCUGGACCACCACGGUCACCGCCUCUCGGGUGUUCAUAUGUGUUCAAUAAACCAGUCUGUACCACAAAUGGAAACAAAAUACAAGUAUAUUGAAUUUAAAUGCCAAUAA